AUGAAGCCAAUGACACUCAAGGAAUGCAAGAAGGAAGAGAAGGCAGACAGGGAGUUUCAGAAGAAAUUCAAGUUCGAAGGAAGCAUCAAUGUGCUGACUCAGAUGAUGGUGGACCCUGCAGCGACGGAGAAGAGGGGUGGAGGGAAGAACUUGCCGCUGAGACGAGGAGAAAUUCUUGAUGUCAUUCAGUUUACAAAUCAGGAGCAAAUACUCUGCCGAAACAGCCAGAGGAGGUAUGGCUACGUGCCCCGGGCCGUGAUGCUACACCUGGACACUGACAUCUAUGAUGACGUUGAGAUUUAUGGUUGAGCGAUCCAUGCUAAAG